GUUGUCUCCCCAGGAGAAGAAUUUUCAAUAAAAGUGGGGUAAAAAAAUGGUAUCAGAACGAAAAUGGCAGAAAAUGAUGUUGUUACAAUAAAGUAUAACGAAUUACACGAAAUCGUACAAGCAAAAAGUAAAGGUAACACUGCACCAAGUAAAACCCAGCAGCGGAAAUCACGUCGACCACCUCAACAGAUCUACCGACCUGGGCUGUCCAGACUGAGCAAGAAAGGAAAAGAUCAGACAAAUUCUGACCGACAAAACAUCUGUUCUGAAAACUGGGAUGCUGUAAUAGCCGACGGGGAAGUGGUUAUAACAGAUGACGAAAAUGAAUGUGUUAGCAAAGAAAGCAGUUCAGAACGAGAUGUCGGUAGUGUCGGUGAAAACAUUUCAGCAGUGCGUGUGUCUGGGGGAACAGGGUCUGAUGGGAGUUCGUUUCUCGCCUGUGACCUGCAUAUCUCGGAGGAUGACUUGGAUCUGAAAAGAGUGGAAGGCCGCAAGCGCAGUAAAAGACCGGAUAUUCGUAUCUAUGUACCCAGAGGCAAACUCAUUGAGCAGGAAUGCAAGAAGACUGAUGAGGCUCCGGAGGGUGACGCUGAGGAAGUGUGGGAAUCCGACGAGGUUCUCAGCCCGACUGUAGAACUGCAGUCGCCACUGAAGAGUGCCGAGAGUGGGGCAUCAUCGGCGCCCAGCAGUCCAGGCGCACUCACUUCUCAGGCUUUCAAAGGUAAAGGUCAUCUUUCACAGCCUUCCCAGAAUGCUGUAUCUUCCGAUCAGCGGAAAGUGGAUAAAACUCAGUUUGCUAACAUGCAAGUGACGGUUGUGAAUGUAUCGGGUAAUAACUCAGCAGAAAGUGUCCGCGUUGUGCAUGAAACUGAAAGUGGUCAUUCAGAAGCCAAUGUUUCAGGAGCCAAGAAUAAAAAAGUGACAAACUCUGAUACAAGGUACCAGCGAGGUAACCGAGAGACAAAAAGUAGUGUUAAUAAUGAAACUGGAGGUAAGGGGGAGAUUAAGAGUAGUGUUAACGAAACUGGGUAUAAUUCCUUCCCACGGGACAGGAGAAAAGAUAAGGGAAACCAUUAUAGAUUUGGAAAGUCAGGAUCCUUGGAUACGAAAGAUGGUAAAAAUGCAAAUUCAGAGAGUGCAAAUGAGAGAAACUGUGAGAGAUUUUACAUGUCAAAACACGGGAACCUGACCCUGUCUCGUACCAGCUCUGCCAACGACACGCCCUCUGAAAACGAGUACAGCCAGAAAGGAACUGAUUUGAGAAAUAAAGCUCAGAAAAGCUGGUCGGCUAAUCGAAGUCGGAAGCACUCAUACUCGUCGAAGCGGCGCCAGCGUACGGACAGUGUGAGCAGCGAGGCGAGUUACAGCAGUGACCUCAGCUUUGAGGAUGAGCUGGAGGGCGAGACGAGGACGCUUGACUGGAGUCAGGAGGUGGAGCGAGAGCUGGCUCUGGUCGUUCACAAUGGGACACAGAGACUCAUAGAACAAUGUGAUGAUGCGUAUCCCGGGACUGCUGCAGAGAUGGAGAUGAAGAUCCCCGAUGACGUGACAGCAUCGCUGAAUGUGAAUCAGAACUGUAACGCUGUCAGGAACAAUGUGCGUAAGGAACACACUGGGAGGAGGAGGCACAGGAAGAAGGGAUCGCGGGCGUCUAGCAGGGACUCGAGUGCUCACAGUAACUGUCAGGAAGAAUCGACUCCCGCCCCCAGGAGAGGGCGUGGGCGUGGUCGCCGGCACUCGGCUGACACGAGGAGAAAACACCACUCUGGUGACUCCAUGGGGCAUGGCCGGGGGCACAUGGGAAAUGGAGACAGCUAUUCGAGGCAGCAGGCAUUCAGCAGUUACGAAAGUUGUGCACAGGAUCAAAAGGGAUACCGGAACAGGGCAGACGACAGAUCUCAGGGUUCAAACUUCAGGAAGCCGUGCUCAGGAAGUCAUGAAUCUCUCAACACUGUCCACACUGAUCACGAGCGGAGAGAGAAGCCAGAGUACUACGGGUCUCUGUCGAGGAACGAGCGGCGACGCAGGAACAGAAGAAACAGUCACGGGGAACCGGCGGCGGCCGCUAGUCAGGGUCUGAAGGUGACUGUCGACAGGAACGAGCGCCACGUCAACGUGUCGGGCACACGGGACAAGCUACUCUAUGAGAAGUCCUCAUCAGACGAAGUGUAUCACCCAGGUGGUCUGCUACACUUGCCACUGAGAAAUCCCAGUUCAGCUCAUCAAGCUAGAGAUGAACCGGACGUUGGGCUCAGUAGAAGUCAUCACAUGAAGAACCCAUACGCACCUGACGCUGAUAGCGAACACCAUCUGUACGACCCUAAGAAUCCCAACAAACCGAUAGUGAUCACCAACUCCAAGUUGGCGUUUCAGGACACGGGUGACAGGAACACCCCGCCGCAGGAACAUCACCCGAUCCACCAGCCACCACCCCUGCACCCACCCCCUCAUCCUGCCUUCUUCCCAGGGCCAUACGGAUACCCGGCAAUUCCGUACCCACCCUAUCCGGGAGGUCUUCCGCCACCACCGUUUGUCUACGGCUUUCAGAUGCCCUACAAGGAGUGUGUGCCCUUUCAGGAUGACGCUUACGCGAAAGAUCCAUACUAUCACAGUGGCUAUGAUCCGGACCAGGCUGUUGCCGGGAGGUCAAGGUCACAGCGACAGGCGAAGGCGGAACAGAUUUUACGUGACGUUCAGCCACUUGACAACCAGCUGAGUAAUCUGUUGUCUCGGCGAAUUGGUGGAGAAGACGGCUGGCGCAGAAUAAAGAAACUCCGAGAGGAGUUACGUGUGCGGUAUGAACAGGUUGUGUUUCUCGACCCGGAUGUCGCUAACAAACACUAUGUGGAGAACCUCCUGUGGAAGUCCGUUUACUACCAGGUCAUCGAGGUCUUCAGGCGACACCUGGCGGACGAGACCGAGGAUGAGGUCAAGGGUCAACUUCAUGACAUACUUAACGAGGGUUCUGAGUACUACGAACAUUUCCUUGGGAAGCUGCAGUCGACGUACAACUUCUCGAUUGAUGAUUUCCUCGACCCGAACCACCCCGCGAGUGACAACCUGAGUCGCAGUAUUAAACUGGCUCUGCUGAGUGCACAGCGUGUGUACAUCAACCUUGGCGACAUCGCCCGGUACAGAGAGCUGGCCAAUGACACGUCCAACUACGGCAGAGCUCGCAGUUACUACAUAAAAGCUCAACAGAUUGCACCAAAGAAUGGUCGUCCCUAUAACCAGCUGGCAAUACUGGCCAUGUACACUAGGAGAAAGCUUGACGCGGUUUACUUCUACAUGCGGAGUCUGGCUGCCAGCAAUCCGUUUCUCACGGCCAGGGAAAGUCUGAUGUCGGUGUUCGAGGAUGUCAGGAAAAAGAAUGAUGCCCAGGAGAAGAAGCGGCUGGCGGUAAAGGAGGAGCUACAUGCGGCGACGAGGCAGACGAAGAAGAAGCCGAGCCCGCGGGUGGAGAUCUGGGUGUGUGCCGAUGGGACGAGCACCAAGGACCAGGUCACCGACGACAAGGAGGACCUGUCUGUACUGUCCGCUAUCGAGUUAAACAAGAGAUUUGUUUUGAGCUUCUUGAAUGUCCAUGGGAAACUGUUCACAAAGAUCGGCAUGGAGGUGUUCCCAGAGAGCAGCUGUUUGAUGCUGCGAGAGUUCCAGGCUCUCAUCAAACACUCCCCAGCAGUCAUCAGCAGUACGCGUCUCCUACAGCUCAUGGCCAUCAACAUGUUCGCCAUAGAAAACACGGCUCUUAAAGACUCAUCGCUAGAGAGCAGCUGUCGGUCUCUACACCAGGACUACGCGGUUCAGCUGGGACUGGACAUGUUCGCUCUACUUGUGGUGCGAUGUACUGCUCUGCUUGAGGCUCACCUCGCCUCCCCCGAGUACCCCACCCAGCUGCUCAAUGAGGACCUGCACCAGCUCAUGCCCGGGGUCAAAGUCUGGACAGACUGGAUGACCUGCCACGCCCACCUUUGGAACCCGCCCCCAUCCGUGAGACCUCCAGACUUGGGACUAGAUGUAGAUGUUUGGAAAAGUUGUGCUGAUUUCUGCAAUUGCCUAACAAGAAUCGACACAUCGUCUAUAAAGACUUACCGAGCCAAACGACCAGACUGUGAUCCUGUAGUUUUGGCCGAGGACACAAUGAUGGCUGGGUUUAUUCCGAUGUUGAGUGCGCCACUGGAAAGUAGCUACGUCCAGUCAACAGUCGACAAGGAGGUAACGCGAGACUGUAUCCGUAUUGAGAAGCUGCAGCUGUUCCGGGAGUACCUGUGUGGGAUCGACCCGCCCAUGCUGUCAUACAACGUGCAGACCAAGAUGUACUUCUCUGUGGUGGUCGCCAACACCGAGUCGGAGAAGAAACCCGACGAUGUGGACGGUCAUUUCUCAGAGUUGGAGGAUGUUGUGGUGGAGAGUGAUGAUGACGUUGAUGCUGGAGACAUUGAAGCUGACCAUGUCAGUCACCUGCGAGCUCGCAAACUAGAACUCAAGAAGAAGGUGGAAGAACAAAGAAAACUGGAAGAAAAUGCAAAGGCGAUAGUUGACGAGAACCGACACCAUGUGAUUGAGCUGGAGAUUCACCCGAUAUUUCUCGUUCCGGACACAAACUGUUUCAUCGACCACCUUGACCCGCUUUGUGCCAUUCUCCAGUCGAAGAAGUUUACUCUCGUGAUUCCACUAGUCGUUAUAAACGAGCUGGACGGACUGGCGAAGGGGAGCCGCGAGGGACAGUACGACAGCCCGGACCACGCGUGGAUGGUGAAGCAGUGUGCCAAGCAAGCAGUCGCCUUCCUCGAGGCCGAGUUCGAAAAGAAAAACUCACAUCUCAGAGCUCAGACGUCGAAAGGGUCAACACUCGAAACCAUUGCCUUCCGCAGCGAGGAGACCAGCAAGAGUGGCAAUAAUGAUGACCUUAUUUUAUCAUGCUGUACACACUAUUGCAAGGAUAAAGCAAACGUUUACAUGAACAGGAAGAAAGACACUCCGGUCCGCCUGUACCGUGACGUGGUCCUGCUGACUGACGAUCGCAACCUGCGCCUGAAGGCUCUGUCGGUGAACGUGCCCGUCAAGGAUAUCCCAUCAUUCAUGCGCUGGAGCAAGGUCACGUGAGGCCAGUCCCACGCACGUCGAGACAAGCAGUGAAGUGCAACCAGCCGAGUGCCACUGGCCAGUCACACGGUCACCAACGCCCUGUGUUAUCGCUUGACCCCCCCGAGAACCGUUCCUGCGAACCUUUGUGCUUACUAGUUUAGAAUGAAACGCAAAACCCGAGCUGUGAGAGAACCCUCGUCACAGAGAGACGUGAUGGCUUAACAGAGAUGUCUGCCCAAGGUGAUGGUGGUCUUGUGAUCUAGUUCCUGUAAUCUAGUUCCUGUGGUCUACUUCCUGUGAUCUAGUUCCUGUGGUCUAGUUCCUGUGAUCUAGUUCCUGCGAUCUAGUUCCUGUGGUCUAGAUUUGACUGGAGAGAGAAACAUGACUGGCUUGACGAAGGUUGCAAGUCAACAAGUCCGAUGUUUUACGUACAUGACUUUAAAGAAUUGCUGUAAAAAUUGGUUUAAACAAUAUUUAUUGACCGCAAAAUAAGCAGUAUUGGGAUUGUAGGAAUUGGUUUUGAAAGAUGAUUUUAUUGAUAGUUGAAGCACAGUUUUAGUAAUGUUUUUGUCAACCUUUAUUACAGUUGGAUAGUUGUGUGUUGAAGUACACAGUCUAAUGGUGACAGGUUUUUAUUGUGAAUGGUUUUGUUUUACAACUGAUGGAUAUGUUUGCUCUCCAUUGAUGGAGCAGUCACCCUGUUGAGCCUGCGUGGUCCAACACCUGGUGACGUCAGGUGCUUCAUUUGAUCACACAUCGCUUGUUUCUUACACACUGACAGUCUCGUUUUAAAUCACAUAAACUGGCUGCUUUGGAUUCAUUUGUUGGUUAUCAGGGCAGCAUUGUUCUUCCUACUAUAUUAGUUGAGGGUGUACCACUGUGAAUCACAUUUUGGUUUAAUCAGUAUUUAUUGUUGUUCAAAAACAUUAGCUGUCUGGGGAUUGACCAACCGACCUUAGCCUAUAUUAACGACUUUCCCAACAUUUCACAAUAUGAAUAUUUUACAAGCAAUAAAAUAAAACCUAAUAAUUAUAACUUAUUCCUAAUUUACCAACAGAGUGGGGAAAUAGAAGGAAGAAGGGUAAAGAAGAUGAACAGGUUAUUAUUUUUACAUUAUGCAUUAUUAAGAAUCAGAUGUCAUAGUUGAAAUAGAAAGAGAAAAAAAGAAGGUGAAUGGUUAAUUAAUUCAAAACAUUUGUUAUUUAUAAUGAAGUUGUAGACCGAUUUGAAUAUAGCACUAUUUUCUUGGAGACUAAUCACAUUUUGCCACCUCAUAACAUUUUGCUGCCCUGCUGUUGUGUUUUGCCACUGUCCUUUUUAUGUCCCUCAGCAAAUUUGAAGACAUUCAAGUUCAUGUUGUCAGGCACUGAGCAUUACACCAGGUUAAUAGUACACAUUUCACUCUAUGAUAUGUUGAUUGCUGGCACAAUGAACCACUCGGGUUGACAGUACACGUUUCAUGUAUGACAUGCUAGCAUAACGAACCACUCGGGUUGACAGUACACGUUUCGUGUAUGACAUAACGAACCACUCGGGUUGACAGUACAUGUUUCAUGUAUGGCAUGCUAGCAUAACGAACCACUCGGGUUGACAGUACACGUUUCGUGUAUGACAUAACGAACCACUCGGGUUGACAGUACAUGUUUCAUGUAUGACAUGCUAGCAUAACGAACCACUCGGGUUGACAGUACACGUUUCAUGUAUGGCAUGCUAGCAUAACGAACCACUCAGGUUAACAAAACACGCUUCACUAUAUGACAUGCUGGCAUAACGAACCACUGAGGUUAACAGUACACGUUUCAUGUAUGACAUGCUAGCAUAAUGAACCACUGAGGUUAACAGUACAUGCUUCACUAUAUGACAUGCUGGCAUAACGAACCACUGAGGUUAACAGUACAUGCUUCACUAUAUGACAUGCUGGCAUAACGAACCACUCAGGUUAAC